ACACAAACAGCGAAAGCAGUGAUUGUUUGAUUCUAUGUUUUAGGAUAAUUUUGUGGUUUAGACCAAAAUUCGCACGUUGUUUUCCUUCAAAAUUAUGUAAUUCUUGGAGUAUUUCAGUGUUAAAAAUAGAAGCAUGGAUCUUGUCUGAAUCUCUUACGCACAAUAACAUCAUAACAACCCCCCACCCCCUUCAAACAAACAAACAAACAAAAAUAAAAUCAGAGCAGGCUGUUGCGUGGUUUAGGUAGUCUCGUGUUGUUGGGUUGUUUGGAUUUCCCCAGAACAUGAAACUGCCUGAAUUACCUCAGUAAAACUCGUCGUUUAGUGCAGAAACUCUUCUCACCGUGCGUAAAAGCUGCGCAAACGUGGAUUUAUUUCACAAAUUCUGAUCAGAAUUCUGGUCUCCAGCUUCAGACGUUCAAAACAACAAAUGUAGUAACCUCAGAGCAGAAAGCUAAAUGUGCAGGCUGGAGGGAAUAAAGGGAUUUAAACACGCAGAAGUCCAGCAGGACCCAGAGACAAGGCCUCGGUUAUGACCAUUGCAGCCCGCCAGUUGCCUCCAAAAUGCCGGAUGCGUCUGCUUGAGCCAGAGAAAGGACACAAAGGCCGAUCUUUAUUGGUGAUAUUUAGUUCGGACAGCCUGGUUGUAACCUGAAGAAAAACAACCCAAUUGCCCCCGUGAUAAAACAGGAGCGAUAAACAGCACCCGGAUAACUUUAGGCUGCUUUCUGUCGCUGAUUGCCUCAAAAGUGCAACACUUGCAGACCCAAACUCUCCCUUAGGUGCAACAAAAUCCAACGAUCAUUUAAUCGCAACUCUUAUCUUCUUAAAAAUCGCUGAAGGGUUUGUUUCAUUCUUUCUUCCAGAGAAGCAGCAUUCAGAGCAGCAGAGCCUUCAUCUUUUUAGCACGUUGAUCUUUUUGAUUUUUGAAAAUGGAGAAAUUCCUUUUUUAUUUUUAAAGGGCGCGUUAAAGCCCUUGUUCCCGUUCUCUGCUGUCCUCGGCUGCACUAAAAGAAGAUCUCUCGACAAAAAUCAUAACGUUUAUUGCUUAUAAAAGAAAUAUUUGCCAAUAAAAGGCGCGGAGGUUUGCUAUUAAAAUAUAGUGGGGAAAAUGGUGGCCCUAGCAGGCUGAUUUAUUAUUUAUUGUUCUGUCCCACGGUCACGUGUUUCGGGGCGCCCUAUCCAGGUUUGGACAACGUUCAACUUAACUGGACACAGCGAGCUCCUCGGUGGUGCACCAAAGCGGCACCUUACAGUGAAAUGAAUUGCCAUUUCCUCCCCACUGCAGGACCGUAAAACCCAGCUUUUAUUUGUUUUUUUAUAUGUGAGCUUUCUGGAUUUCUUCUGCAAUGUCGGCGUUGGGAACGAGCUACUAUGUUGACGCUCGCAUUCUCCCGGAGCAGGAAGAAAUGGCACCGAGGUACCCGUCAGCUGCAGAGGUGGAGCAGGCUGUGCUCACCGAAUAUGGCGGUCAGGAGACUUGUCCUUUGCAGGCCAAAUCCUCUAUUUUUGGUGGAUCUUGGAGCAGCAUCUCCAACACAGCCGCUCCGACCUACAUCCAUCACCAGACCUAUUCGAGCGGGGACACCGACGGCGUGUUUGCGCGCUCCUGGGCGUUGGAGCCGGUCUCUGCGUCGCUGUGCUUGACGGGAAUCCCAUCCACGGCCAUGCGUUACGACAUCAAACCCGAGCCGCUGAUCGGGAGCACCGAGUGCACGACUCUGGAGACUCCUCUUUUGUCUGACAUUGAAAACGGGUCGUGCAUCGCAGAGAUUCCUGAAACCUCAUCCGCGUCUGGAGCCGCAGAGGAUCAGGCGGCAGAGAAAAAAAUAGAGAUAGAUGCAAAUAACCCAUCAUCCAGCUGGCUGCACGCAAAGCCCACGAGAAAAAAGCGUUGUCCUUACACAAAGCACCAAAUCCUGGAACUGGAGAAGGAGUUCCUCUUCAACAUGUAUCUGCCCAGAGAUAGGAGAUACGAAGUAGCGAGACUUCUGAGUCUGACCGAGAGGCAGGUAAAGAUCUGGUUUCAGAACCGAAGGAUGAAGAUGAAGAAAGACAACAAAGAGCGGCGGAAGGAAAGCUAGCCUUUUUUCUUCUCCUGCUUUGAACGGAUGGUGCGUGCGGAUGGAGGGGGAGGGGGCAUUAAUAUUCCUAACCUGUGUUGUUGUGUCGUUAAAACAAUGCUGCUGGAUGGUUUCAUUUUGUGAGGACAAAGUCUCGUGAUUAAUUUAAAUGUGUUGUAUAUUUUUGGCGCGCACACGGAUUAUUAACCGCAGACCAAUUUGGUUAACGCAUGACUUUAUCUCUGGCUAUGAAUGUGUCUCAGCUACCUAUGUGAAUGAUUUAACUUAUUGUUUUAUAUGUGAAUUAUUAUUUUUAACAUUAAGGAUUUGCUAUUUGUGGAAAAAUUACGCACAUUUGAAAUACCUCGUUUUUCUUUUCACUCCAAAUAAAACGUAGUAUGUGGCAAGAGUUAAUAAUGGGUUCAUUGUAAAAAAGUAAAAAUCAAUAUAAGUCUUCA